GCGCAGCAGUGCGUUCAUUUGAAAUUACUGUUAGUACGCGACGUGCUUCAUCGUGUGCGUGUUAUUUCUCUUUUCUCUCUUCUCUUAUCUUUUCGUUUUGUUUCGUAUCGCAAAUGCAGCAACUAUAAUUCCUACGUGUUCCACCGGGAAAUCAUCGAAAAAACGACCAAGUUUUUCGGACGACAUGUACUCAAUAGUAACCGCAUAUAAGCGCCAAAAAUGUAUACGUGGCUUUUGUAAUGUAAGGUAUCUAACGUAAGAGAAGUUCAUAAAUCUUGGAUGACAAGCAAGUUUCUACGCACGCGUAUCGAAUGAAGAUAUAAAAUCUUUCAAUUAUCUUAUCGUAAACCAGUACGAACAUACGAACACAAUUAUGAAUCGUUGGGAAGGAAAAGUCGCGGUCGUGACUGGUUCUGCAUCCGGAAUCGGCAAAGCAAUUACGUGUGCUCUGCUUGAAAGGAAGAUAAUCGUGGUUGGUUUGGAUAUUCAAAACGAGGAAGACACAAAAACGGCUGACAAUACAAACAAUAAGAGGAAUGGAUAUUAUCCUCUUCGUUGCGAUGUUACCCGCGAGGACGAAGUAGACGAUGCAUUUUUAUUUGUCGAGGAAAAAUUACAUGGUGUAGAUAUUAUGGUGAAUAAUGCCGGUGUUAUAGAUUAUCGUCGCAUUAUUGAAAGCGACAGGAAGACAUUUGAAAAGCUGUUAAAUAUUAAUGUACUCGCAGUGGCUGUGUGCAUAAACCGAGCUGUACGUUCAAUGCGAAAGAAAAACGUCGAAGGGCAUGUUUUCAAUAUCAACAGUAUGGUGGGACACGCGAUACCGGCUGGACAUCCUUGCGAUGAAGAAGGUUCUAACGGGUGGAAUUUGUAUCCUGCAACUAAACAUGCAUCGGUUGCAAUUACGGAGACAGUGAGACAUGAAUUACGUGCUGUCGAAGCACCCAUUCGAAUAACAAGUAUCUGUCCAGGUAUCGUAAAGACCGAAAUUGCCUCAAAUAAUGCAGGUGUUGUAAAAGCAGUAUAUUCAAAUCCAACACUUUUACCUGAGGACAUUGCCGAUGCUCUAAUUUAUGCACUUGGAACACGACCCGAGGUUCAGAUUGCAGAAAUGGUUAUACAAAUCAGAGGAGAAAAAUGGUAUUAAUGUCUUAAACGAUUAUCACAUAUAAUUUGUUUCAAUUGAUUCGUCAAAAUAAUAUUAAUUAUAUGUAUUAAUGAAAUAUAUAUUAACAAUAA